GACUCGAUCUAUGUCGGGACAAACAUCAUCGGUGUCGGUCCACGAAAACCCGAUUCUAUGUUCCAGUUCUCUUAUAUUAAUCUUCCCGGCCUUUGUUCCCACGCAAUCUCUCUCUGUGUCUCUCAAACACAGAACCGACUUCCCUUCACACAGACGCUCAAGACCGGCAAAUGCGGCCCGUACCGGAAUCAAUCACCCCACCGGCGCCUCGAGCCGCCCUCCGCCUCGAGCCACCGCAGCCCUCGCCGGCAACGUGCGGCUACUCCAACUGCCGAUGGCCCGUCUACCCCACCUCUCACGACUUUGAGGCCAGCGCCGCUACCAUCCUCUUGGUCCUCCUCUGCGGCCUCAUCUGCGGCCUCAUCCUCAACACCGCCAUCCGCUGCUUCCUUCGCUGCGACGGCGGCGGCCGUUCUCCACCGCCAGCACCUCACCGGCGGCACCGUCAGCAGGAGCAGGAGCAGGAGCUCGAGCCCAAGCUCGGCGACUCUGAACUGAUCAUGGCCCCGGCGGUAACAUAUGCGCCGGGCGUGACGAAGCUGGCAGGGACAGAGGCGGAGUGCUCGAUUUGCCUGACCGAGUUCGUCGAGGGUGACGGGAUCAGAGUCCUGGAGACGUGCAGCCACGGGUUCCACGUGGAGUGCAUCGAGAGGUGGCUGAGCUCGAACAAGUCGUGCCCGACUUGCCGCAGCAGCUUGGUCGUCAAUCGCUGUGGGAGCACCGUAUCGGAGGGCGGCGACCAUUGCCGCGAGAAUGCCAAUCAACAGACGGUUUCCGCCGGUGAGAGCUCGUCCGGAGGAGCCGCAAGCAUAUGAAACUUACUGGGGUAGGCUCACAUCUGGCCUGAAUAAUGUAGAUAUUUUGAGUACUCGAUAAAUGGUAACUUGAAGCCGAAAUUCGAGUAGUUCCCCAGUUCUUUCAUAGCAAAUCCUGAGCAUUGAUGCAAAUGUUUCAGCUAAUGUCGUCAGCUUGACUAUCAAACCGAGCCUAUCGAAAA